AUGCUACUAGAGCUGCAAAUGCAACAUCAAAUUCAACUGCUAAUAAAACCAAUUCAACCACAAAUGCUAGCUCUAACAAGAUACAUUGGUUGGGCUGUUAAAAAUAUCCAGAUCGGAGUUUACAGAGGUCUCUAUAAAUCCAGCAGCUAUAUGGCAAAUGCAAAAUGCAUGGAUCGUGAUUCAAUAGACAAUAUGUACUUCUUGUAUAUGUCUUAUCUUAACAAUACUCUAUUUAACUACACAGUCUUCUAAAGUGCUAGAGAUCUACUCUAUUAUUUCAUCUAACAUUGCGAAUUUGAUGACAUGCUUAAUGACAUCUCAGUUUUUUGCUCAAAGAAUGAUUGCUCUAUUAUUCAAAUGAGUCAAAAUCUUAUGAGUAAUGUUAUUGGUCUUUCAACAGCAAUUGCUGAACAAGCUGCCUUGAUUUAAGGUGGUCAACUACCUCUUAUUACUGAUGAAAAAGCAGUCUCAAACUUUUACUAGCCGAUUGGCAAUAACCUUGGAAAGGAGAUUAGAUUUGCUUUGAACUUUGUAUUCAGACAAUAUUGA